AUGCCGUGGUUCUCACGGAAGAAAAAGAGGAAACAAAAGAAUGCUGCCGUAAACAGCGCCAGUAGAGACGAUGCCGUCGUCACGACAACCUCACAGCCGGCGUUUGCAGUGGUGGUACAGAAUUUCGAGUCUUCGGUCUCGGACCAGAUCAGCGUGGAACGGGGACAGGUCGUGGAGGCUCUGUUCACCGAAGACGACUGGGUGUUCGUACGAAACGUCAACGGUCGAUGUGGGUAUAUCCCUGGCAAUUUCUCCUUCCCGUUGGAGAAGCUGAGAAUGGGUCUACCGGAAGAGAGCAGUGAGAGAGUCCGCCAGCUGCGAGCACAUCCGCGACCCACCACAAUACACGUGGAUACUUUUGACGACGACCCCUCGUGA